GAGGAGGAAAUUGACGCCUCAACGUUUGUCUAUUUGGUUGAAAAUUGGAAACCACGCAGAGAGAGAGAGAGAGAGAGAGAGAGGCCAAGCGUUCCCUUACCCUUACGGCUCCGUUUCCCGGUGCAAGUCAUCGGAGCCAGGAGGAACUAGGAGUAGCUUCUGAGGUCUGAACUCACAGCUAAUGCUUCUUGUUAGGGUCUUUUUAGGGUUUCUUUUUCCAAGUCUUUUAGGUCUUCACCCACCGUGGUAAUCUCUGCUCCAACUUUAACUGCUUCUUUGUCGUUCCGAAGGUUUCUUGGUUUUUUUUUUUUUUUUUCUUUUUGGUUUUCUGCGACGAAAUCUUCGUAAGGGAAUAGCAAGAUUUGAGGCCGAAGGCGAGGAAGGCGGAGAUAAAGAAAGGUGAAUUGGGAGAGAGGAGAUGCAAACGGAGGCUCGAGUUGGUGUUGUCGUUGAAGGUGGGCAGAGAACUCUUAGUUCUGCCCAUGCUGGUGUAGUCGAUGGCGGUGCUCGGAAAUAUGUCCAGCAGCAACAGCAGCAGCAAUCGUUGCGGCAAAAAUCGCAGAUAGGAUCGGUAUCUCAUCUUCUUGCGGGAGGCAUUGCAGGCGCUGUCAGUAAAACCUGCACAGCGCCGCUUGCUCGCCUUACCAUCCUGUUUCAGGUACAAGGUAUGCACUCUGAUGUUGCAAACUUGAGCAAGCCUAACAUUUGGCGUGAGGCUUCACGUAUCUUAAAUGAAGAAGGCGUUAGAGCAUUCUGGAAAGGGAAUCUUGUCACAAUUGCCCAUCGUCUUCCUUAUUCUUCUAUCAGCUUCUAUGCUUAUGAACGCUACAAGAAUUUACUGCAGCUGAUUCCUGGGAUGCAAAGUCAUGGAGAAAACUUAAGUGCAGACAUUUGUGUGCGACUAGUAGGUGGUGGUUUGGCUGGAAUAACAGCUGCAUCCAUCACAUAUCCAUUGGAUCUUGUGAGGACACGUCUUGCAGCCCAGAGAAAUGUGACAUACUACAAAGGUAUUUGGCAUGCACUUCGUAUGAUUAGCAGAGAUGAGGGUGCUCUUGGCCUAUAUAAAGGUCUUGGAGCGACAUUAUUGGGGGUUGGGCCCAGUAUAGCAAUUAGUUUUGCAGUUUAUGAGACAUUGAGAUCUGUUUGGCAGUCACAAAGGCCCCAAGAUUCUACUGCAUUUGUCAGCCUAGCUUGUGGCAGUCUUUCAGGCCUAGCAUCAUCCACAGCAACAUUCCCUUUGGAUCUUGUACGACGGCGGAUGCAGUUAGAAGGGGCAGCUGGUCGAGCCCGUGUCUACAAGACUGGUCUGUUUGGGACAUUCAGGCACAUCACCAGGAAUGAAGGCCUACUGGGCCUAUACCGGGGAAUAUUUCCAGAAUACCUCAAGGUUGUCCCAAGUGUGGGCAUCGUCUUCAUGACAUAUGAGACAUUAAAGAUGGUUCUAUCAGAUGCAUCUGAUAAUUAGCUUUUGUUGCUGCUCACUGCCAUUCUUUGGCUUUGCCACUAUUAACUUUUUCCAUCAUCUAAUGCCAAGAUGGCUAGGUGGAUGAUGAGUUCUUUUGGCUUUUCAAUGGCGCGCCCCCCCAGUGAAACCCCAUAGGCGGUAAAUUUUGAGAUUGCUUCCAUGGGACCAAACCAUAUGUUCCUUGUGUAGAUAAGAGAGAGCACAAUUGAACCACACCAACUCACCAAGUGUAUCCAAAUUAUUUAGUUCUCUCGCUAGUAUUCAUCGAUGAUCAUUUUUUCACUAAAA